UCUAAUUAAACUGUGUAUUUGCAAGUCCAGUGUGAUCUGCUUGGGGGAGAUAAUACAAAAUGUUCCUUAUUUCUUUCCUUUUCCCUCCUCACACAUUCCAGGCCUUCAAGGUCAUCAUGGUACAAGAAAAUGUUACCCACAUCCAUGAGUUCAUCCUCUUGGGAUUCCCUGCCACUCCAGAGCUGCAGGCUCUGCUGUUUGUGAUCUUCCUGGCCGUGUAUCUGCUGACUGUCACUGAGAACCUCGUUAUCACGGUGUUAAUUAUAACCAACCCCCAGCUCCACAAGCCCAUGUACUUUUUCCUGGGCCACCUAGCCUUCCUAGAGGCCUGCUACAUUUCAGUCACCGUUCCCAAGCUGUUGGUCAGCUUUGUGGUGAGGAGUAAGAGCAUUUCCUUCGCAGGCUGCAUGGCCCAGCUGUACUUUUUCGUUGCCCUGGUGUGCACUGAGUGUGCCCUCCUGGCCGUGCUGGCCCUGGACCGCUGCGUGGCCAUCUGCACCCCCCUGCACUACGCCCUCACCAUGAGCCACAGGGCCUGCAGGCAGCUGGCCAUGGGCUCUUGGCUGCUUGGCUUCCUGAUAGCUCUGCUCAAGGUCUUCUUCAUUUCCCAGCUCUCCUUCUGUGGCCCCAGAGUCAUCAACCACUUCUACUGCGACAUCAGCCCCUUGCUCAACCUCGCGUGCAGCGAGCGGCGCCUGGCCGAGCUCGUGGACUUCAUCUCAGCCUUGCUCAUUUUGCUGAUCCCCCUCUCUGCCAUCAUCAUUUCCUACACCUGCAUCAUCAGCACCAUUCUGCUCAUUCCCAAGGCCCAGAGCAGGAGGAAAGCCUUCUCCACCUGUGCUUCUCACCUGGCUGUGGUCAUCAUUUUCUUCUCAGCCACGCUCUUCAUGUACGCCCGGCCCAGGAGCAUCAACUCCUGGGAUCUCAACAAGCUGGUUUCCAUCAUUUAUACCAUAAUCACCCCAAUGCUGAAUCCAUUCAUUUACUGCCUGAGGAACAAGGAAAUAAAGGACACUUUACUGAAGGUCUGGUGUAGCAGGGCUGCUCUCUCCAGAGUUGCUGCAUCUGAUCACUGAUGUGAUGCUUGGAAGAUAAUCUUCCAAUUUUUGUCUGAAUC